AAACAAUGGCGGGACGUCGGACAAGCUUACAACCCAACUUAGUGCUGUCAGCUAUGGCGGAUUACCUUGCACAAGGACACUUCCAGGCCGCUCCUGUUAACUUGCCCGGCCCUAACUGUGGAGGCAGAUUUAACAACAAGGAAAAGUUAUAUCAGAAGCUCAUAGAGCAGAUCAGAAACAGAAGUGGUAGAGGAAUUGAGAAAUGCAUCGCACAUGGCGCCAGUGUGAAGACUUCAGACUACUAUUCAUACCCCCCGAUAAUGAUAGCAAUUGACUGUGGGUACAAGGACAUCACCAAGUUGCUGCUGGAACACAAACAACUGGAUAUCAACGAGAAAGCACGGAAUGGCCACACACCCCUCAGUUACGCGAAGAUGUGUGGCGAAGAGGAUAUCGUACAGUUACUUUAUGUCUUGGGAGCUAACGACUAAAGCACAGACCAGCUGAGAGUGAAACAUCCGUGAUAAGAUAACAACUACCCCAAUUAUUGUCAGAAGUGUAAUAACUUAAUAAUUGUGAACUUCUGAACCAAUGUAUAAUUAUAAACAGAACUAACCACAACUAAAAAACUUUCUUUUUUACACGAACCUUGAGGAUGAGACAUGUAUUUGGACGUUAAUUUGAAAAGUUUAGUUUUUGAUCAAAAUGUAUUUCUUAUUGAGUUUCGUUAUCGGAUAUUUUCGUUAACCGAGAUGUCAGGAAUGUUCGACAUAAUAAAUAAUUACAUGUGUUUUGAUACUGUAAAAUGUAUAUUGAUAUAUGAUUUGUAUUCAGUAAAGAAAUACGUGUUUCUGCUUUUCUGUUUGUUUACAAUUACAUCUUUACAUAUCGAUUUUGGUAAC